AUGUCAAGGAACAUGCAGAUUACACGCCACCAGGUCCUAAGUGACGAAGCAGAUGCUGCCUCGCGGGCAGCCGCCGCGGGGGUCUCGACCGGCGGGGGACAGGAGGGGAUGACGCGAGAUACUGCUGAGACAGGCGCUGCAGGCGCUCCACCUCUUUCUUUCGUAGACUCGACAGAUGAGGCAGAACCGUCACCCACACCAGCUGUAGCACCGGCCACUGCAACAUCGCCGCUGCUAACCUGGCUGCCGAAGCCAGCUCCCCUUCCGAGCCCUCUUCGUGAUCUGCCUGUCCCUCGGCUUCCGGAGGUCCCAGCGGUACCGUACGUGAACACAACCACCAUACAGUCGCCACUUGUCACGAAGCUCGCGCAGGCCAUGCCCUUCCUCAAUUUUCUCCCGCCACCUCCGCUUGCUCCCGCUCCAAUGGAGGUAAUCACCACAGUAGCUCCGGUGCCGGCGUCAACCCAAAACACGGGAACCCCAGAAACUCCUUUGGUAGCUCCGGCGGCCCUGACCAGACAGGUUGCUCAGGCGAAUGACCUGUUGUCCCCCCCUGGUGGCGAGGGUCAGGGGGCAGUCGUAUCUCCCCAGGUGACUCCGCUGCCGGAUGAUUCAACUCUCACAACUCCCAAUCAAGAGGCCCCCCCGGGGGAAGAGACAGGAGCACCGCCCACGUUCGCAGUUCCCCCGGUUGCCCCCCUACCCGUGGUGUCGUCGGGUAUAGUCGUCCCUACAGUAGUCGGAUCAACUGCAACUAAAGCCAGGGGCACCGAGGGCAGUCCGCUUGUGGUCCCGCAAGGGGAGACAGCAGUUGUGGAGGCGAAGCCAAAUAUCAGUGAGCCACUGGAGGAGAGGGAAACAAUGGAAGACACGAUCCUUAAUCGCAGAGGAGCUGAGCAACCGCCUCCGUCGCCGUCCAACGUCUGCUUUGACCAAUGCGACUGUCUGCCCAUCGUUCUAGGCAGCGUGACAGUCUUGCUUACUAGCGCUGUAUCAGUCCUCGCGGAAGCAAUUCUCAUGUCUCAGCUGUUUUCCAAGGGAUUUUUCUCCAAGAAUUUCUUCCGGGGCGGUGGUUGGGUUAUUCUGCUGUCAGCAAGCCUAGGGCUUGGAGGUGGAGGCUUGUUGGGAGGGCUCGUUCGGUCCUGCUGGACAAGUGCUCUCUUUGCUGGCGGUGGCUUCAUGGCAUUCGGUGUCUCCGUGGUACUGCUUGGAACACGGGGUGCCUGGAUUGGCGCUUUCGGCGGUGCUAUCGCAGGCGGCACAGUCGCUGGACUUGCGAAUCCAACGCCUGUGUCGGUUACACUUGGUCUUAUCCUCGGAUUACUAACCGGCAUUGUGACCGGCUUCGCCCCCAUACUCACCGGAGUAGAAAUGAAUUUCCGUUACAUACGAUGGCGAACUCGAGCCAAGUAG